AUGCCUCCGGACAGGACUAAGAACAGAUGUCCUCCAAAGAACGCACUUCUUAGGGUAAAGGGGCUUGCUCAAAACAGAAAUUCUCCACAAGGUUCGCAGAUUUCCCACUCUAUCUGUGGGAUGACUGGGAGCUACCCAACUGGAGAAAACAUCUCGCUGAAAAAUUUGUACUCGUAUAUCAAAGACAGAACAAGCGAAAACCAUCUGAAGUGCGAGGGUAAUCAUUAUGUGCUUCCACAAGAUUGUGUAGCGAGAUAUUGCUCGCUAUGCUGGAAACAACGAGAUACGCUAGUGGAUAACCAGCAUCAGUUUAAAGUUGCGAAGGACGCAAAUAGUAUCCUUGAAAAGCUCCAAUUUGAGGUCAAGCCUACUAGUGGGGUGCCAGGUAAAGCUAUGAGAACACUGAAAGCAAAACUCAACGCAGAACACUGUCGCGGGAUUUUGAAUCGAGCCCUGAUGCCCCGAGACAGCAUUUUGCUACUUCCGACGUUCAAUGUAGAUGGAAAUAAGGGAAAAUAUGCGGAAAUUCGAGUUGGGCAAACUACACGUCAAAUAUGCGAUGCUGUGGUUUCCUAUUAUGAUGAAAAGUUCAGACACGUACCUACUAAUAAUGGCCAGCAGCGAGUUUCUGUGCACGGUAUUAUACCCAUUGAAGACUUAUGCUCCAAUGACACUGAAACAUCGUACUAUGGGCUAUUAUGUACAGUUCAACUGAGGUAG